AUCAAUCUAACAUUCAUCACAAAACCCGAGCCAUGCCGACACAGCACGUUUAUCUCGACCAUUUGCUUCUCCAAUUCAGCGGAGAGGAGUUUGAAUCUCCUUCCACGUGGCUAACGGAUCACUUUACCAUCAUCAAUGGUGGCACUCACGCCGGAGGCUUGAGCCGCAACCAGUUGAUCAUCUUCCCCGAUGGAACCUACCUGGAGCUCCUAAACUGGAUCAAAAAGCCGGAGGACUGGAGAGACCGACCGGGUGAUUUCGCGCUUACUUCUUUGGCGCCUGUCUCGGCCGAAGACAACCAUGACCGGAUAGUCAAAGCGCUGGAUACGAUAUCUGAAGGCAGUCUAGGUGUGACGUACUCACAGCCGAUUGAUGGAGGCCGCCAAACACCCAGUGGUGAUAAUAUCCGUUGGAAGAUACUGAAGGCACUCUACCCCGAUGCGGAGUCAACUACGCCAGGAGAGUUCCAUCCUCGAGGCCGCACGGAUGCUCCCUUCUUCUGUCACGAUGUCACCGACAGAGUCCUUCGCGUACCGUAUAACCUGCCAUCUGCCGUUCAACACCCGUCAGGAGCGACCGGAAUAGCGGGUGUUGAGGUGCUCGUGCCUAAAGAUAAGCUGCAAUCCUACAUAACCCUUUAUACCUGCAUCGUGGGAGCAUCUCCACGCUUGUCCGAGGGUGGCCAAGCGGAGUUUGAGCUCAAUGCACCGGGCGGCCUAGAUGUGUCAGGAGUCAUUCGCAUUCGGGCUGCCACAUCGGAGAAUGACGAGCGGUUCCUGCGGGAGAAAGGGAUUGGUCUUUCAUCUCUGAUCAUCCGAUCGAGCGCCGGAGAUUUUCUGUUUCCUGUAUCCGACUAUCUGCAUUGACUCGUGCUGAGUGACUAACUAUGCAGGAUGGAGAUUUCGAUCUGCCAAAGAGAGUUAGAACAGCUAUAAUAGAAAUCAACUUGC